AUGUCCAUCCAAAGUAUCGAGCUCUGGGGCCACUGGGGUGCUCCGAACCCAUGGAAAGUCUGUAUGAUUCUCGAAGAACUACAGCUCCCGUACAAGAUCCACUACAAGGAGUUUACCGACACGAAAACCGAGGACUAUCUCGAAAUUAAUCCCAACGGUCGCCUGCCAACGAUCAAAGACCCGAAUUCUGGUUUGACGCUAUGGGAGUCCGGCGCCAUCAUACAAUACCUCGUAGAUCGGUACGACACAGAGGGGAAGAUCUCGUGUAAGAGCUUCCCGGAGAAGUACCUAACCCAGCAGUGGCUCGCCUUCCAGAUAUCCGGACAAGGUCCAUACUUCGGCCAAGCGACAUGGUUCGCCCGCUUCCACGCUGAGAAGAUCCCUUCUGCAAUCGAUCGCUACGUGAACGAGAUCUUUCGAGUCACAGGUGUUCUCGAUAAAGCUCUCAAGGCUAACAGCACUGGAUGGCUUGUUGGCGACAAGGUGACAUAUGCAGAUCUGUCGUUCAUUACAUGGAGUUCAGUAGCAGAGGGGCUUGUGAAGCAGCUGGGCAAGUGGGAGGGGUUCGAGGAGCGGUUCCCCACGUAUACUGGAUGGCUCGCAGCCAUGAGGCGCUUGGACUCUGUGAAGAAGGUUGAGGAGCAGAUGGCGAAAGGCAGGGCUGCCAAUGGGUUGUAG